CAUUUCCAAACAUUUCAAAAAGCGGGAAAAAAAUUUAUUGCGCUAUUGUGUUUAUUCUUGUUUUUUUUUUAACAACAAUAUUAAAUUAAAAAUCAUUAAAAAGACAAAAACAAAAUGUCAGAGGUUAGCUUGUUUAACUGGACAUCAGAUUAUUUUAUCAAAAAUAAAUCUGCUUGCACAAAUAUUAUUGAAAAUUUAAAGGAUACAACAGAAAUACCAUCUCUCAACGCUGUUGAUAUUCAAGAUUUACAAGAUGGACAAUUGGUUAGAUUCAGAGGUAUGGUCCAGGACAUGUACAAUCCAGAAUUUUACUUUCAGUCAUAUGAAGUCAUCAACAAAAAAACUGGUGAAGGUAAUGUUAAAUCUGGACUGUACAAAGAUUCUGCCAGCUGUCAGGAAGAUGAAGAUAUUGCAAUGGAUUCAGAAAAAAAUAUAACUUCAGAACGUCAGAUACUUGUUGUCAUAACAGUUCCUGGUUUAAAUGAAUGGGCAAAGGAAAAAAAAGUAAAAAUAGCAUCAAAAUCAGAGCAAAUGUCUUCAUCAACAUCUAGCUCAACAAAAAGACCACAUGAAGAAAGUGUUGAUGAACCCAUGGAUACAUCAGCUCCACUUCAUAAAAAAGAAAAAACAAAUGAUAAUACUGAUAAUAAAACAGAAAAUAAAAAUGUUUUUUCAAAAGAACAUUUUUUAAAUUUUCCAAUUCCUUCUAAUGAUGGAAAAACUUGUAUUGUCAAGAUUUAUGAUGAAUCAGCUCAGUAUAAAUUGAAUCAAAUAUUAGAUAUUAUUGGAUUUAUAUCAUUGGAUCCAAUGUUGAGUCAAGUUUCAAAUUUUGAUGAUAUGAUGGAAGAUGCUGAAAUUCAAACACAUCAUCCACCUGCAUCAAUUGUACCUAGGCUACAUGCUAUGAAAAUAACAGAAAUUAAAAAAAAUAAUAAUAUUAAUCAAGAAAUAAUAUCUAAAGCUCAAACUAUCAGAGGUGAUUUGCAUAUGGUACUGAGUCAACUUCUUUUUGGUGAUAGUUUAGUUGCUGAUUAUGUUAUUUGUCACUUGAUAUCUUCUGUAUAUUUGAGAAAGGAUUUUCUACCACUUGGCAAUUUUCCAUUGAAUAUUACAAAUUUUCCAGUUGAUAAAUGUCCAACAUUUGCUGCUGAUUUUUAUUCAAUUAUAUCAAAGUUAGUGCCUAAAAGUUAUUUAUUCGAGUGCACAUUGGAUAGCUUGAAUGAUCUUAGUUUAAUACCCAAAAAAGAUUAUGAAUCAAAUCGUCUGACAAGUGGAGUUCUUCAACUCAGUGAUAAUACACAUUUAGUUAUUGAUGAAACAAAAUUAUCUGCUGGCCAAUUGUCUCCAGCUGGAAGACAAAAUUAUGAGGCAAUAAGUGGUCUAGUUGUUGCACAAAAAUUAACAUAUGAUUUUAAAUUUAACAAUAUAGAAUAUGACACUGAUAUUCCAGUUUUAAUUUUAUCAGAAUCUAAAUCAUUUAUUCCUUGUUUUAUGCAUACACCACUUAAAAUUGAUGAAGAAACUGAAAAAUUAUAUCCUCAAGUUGUUGAGGCAGCUGGACAAUACUUGAAAGAUGAAAAUCGAUUAAAUGACAUUCGUCAGUAUCUUGAAAUUUCAAGAAAUCAAAGCUUCAAUCUUGGUGAUGAUGUUUUAGAGGUUGUUCAAGAUGACUUUGUUAAAUUACGUCAAUCAAAUAAAACUGUCAAUGCAGAUAAUCUUAAUAUGUUAUUGGUCUUGGCAAGAUUUAUGGCCUUGUCUUAUGGUCAAACAUCUCUUACUGUUGAUUGCUGGAAAAAAACACUAGAAAUGGAAAAUGAACGACUUGCUAGAUUACCUCCACGUAAGACAACACUAUGAUUUAAAUAAAAUUGAAAAAAAAUUAAUUUCCAAAGGUAGUU